AACUAACGUCACUGUCAUGUCAAAAUUGUCAUGAAUUGUUUUCGUAUUUUAUAUUGUGAAAUCGUAAAAUUAAUUGGAAACUAUUGUACAAUAUUUUGAACUUGUUUCAAAACUGUGUUAUUCAUAAAAACAUUGCCGUAUACGUGUGUUAAUCUGACGUUUAAAUCGAACAUUUUGUAGUGCAAGUGCGUCUUAAUAGAAUCGACUGUGAUUUUUCACUAUUCGACGUAAUUUUGCUUUUGAAGAAUGGCUAAUUCAGAUUAUGUUGCUACACUCAAGAUUCUAGUAAUCGGAGAGAGUGGAGUGGGUAAAUCCAGCAUAAUCCUCGCAUUCACAACUGGAGACUACAAUGCUUCGUUCCCGGCCACAAUCGGAGUUGACUACAAAUGUAAGGUGAUGGAUGUAAACGGAGUCAAAGUCAAGCUCGGUAUCUGGGACACUGCUGGACAGGAACGCUACCGCACAUUGACAUCCAGUUUUUACAGAGAUGCACACGGUGCUAUUUUAGUUUACGAUGUGUCUGAACCAAAGUCCCUUGCAAAGCUGAACGAAUGGGUUGAAGAGCUGCAAGUAUACUCCACAAAGAAGAACAUCGUCUGCCUAGUAGUCGGCAACAAGAUUGAUAAACAAAACCGCGUCGUGCCACGGGAACAGGGACAGGCGUUUGCGCAGAAACACAGAAUGCUGUUCAUCGAGAGCAGUGCUAAAACACAGGAGGGAAUCAGCCUUGCCUUCGAAGAACUGGUGCAAAAGAUCAUAGAGACUCCAGGGCUCUGGGAGUCAGGAGGCUCUUCAUCAAACAUCCGCAUAUCACACGACGAGAGGAGACAACAGGAGCAAUCCUCAUGUUACGACUACACCUGCACCAUUUAGAAUAAGCUGGGAGUUGGCUUGCGUCUGAAGAUUUUUCUACUAUUCGUAUAUAUUUGACUGAGUGAUAUAUCAAGAGGGCUUGUUAGCUUGCAUGCCGCAAGUACUAACGUUAUUCGCCAUGUCUUUUGUCUUUCCGAUUGCGUUGACGUCACAGUUUGCAAUUCCUUUUGCUCACGAGUCGUAUCGUAAGCGUAUCGUUACGUCUUAAGACCAUUGUAGUGACAAUGUUAUAUCUACUACAAAUUGUACAUACGAUUCUUUGCAAUUCUCUUCAUGAGCAGAUAUGUGCGUGUUUGUUUUAUAUUCGUCUAACGGGCGUAUUUCAAUACGCUUACAAUACGACGUCGUGAGCGAAGGGAUUAAGUCGAAGUAAAAUAAAAUAUCACCCUCUAGCUGUCCCACUAUUGGUAUACGUCUCUUCUCACACGGAAAAGAUGAACAUGACUAAGUUUGAAUGUAUAAUUCUGACGUGUUGUGAAACAAGUAAUAGCACUCUCUCUUUCUUGCACCAAAAACUAUGAGUAAUGGCAAAAUAAUCGUGUGUUCAUAUUAAAAACCGCCGCUAAAGAAUUAUCUAGUACAUACAUAAAGUACCUAUCGAUUUGUAAGGGGAUUAAAAACUACCAGUGAUUUAAUUGUAGAUUAUUUUAACUAGACUUUGUAAAUGUAUAGGAAAUGUAAAUCUAAUGUUCCGAAUCAAUAUUUUGUGAUUAAAUGUUACCGCUUAGUUGAUUUUGUUUAGUAUGGAAAGAAAUGAAGUGAUAGAAUAGAAUUUGUAUGAUAAUGACGUAUAAAGUAGAUCGUCUAGACUCUAGACUAAACAUCACAGAAAUAUCAAAAUCCGAAAUGUUAAUGUAUUCGACAAACUUUUUGACUUAAGGGUGCUUUUACACCAAAGACGUGCUAUGUAGCUAUGCUACGAAGAUGUAAUAGCUAAGCUGUGAAACAAUCUAACCGUUUCCACUGAUGCUAAGCUGGAAGAUGCACAACUCGAGUAUGCGAUGUAUUGAUAGUAGGAAAGUCAUUCAUAGCACGCAUCUUUCCAUAUAAAAAACAGCUUAGCUGAGUCAGUUUCCACCAGUGCUAAGCUUUAUGUACCAAUGAAUAUGAUUGGUGGUAACCAAACGCAUCCACAGCAACGUAGCAUAGCACAUCUCUGGUGGAAAAGCACCGUUACCCUACGAAUGCCAAGUCAGUUGUCGGUGUCUCACGCAUGUUUGGCUAUCACCAUCUUAAACUUUGUUGUCAAAGUGCAUUUUAAGGACCUAUGGAGGUCUUUAUGUGGGAUGUUUGUGACAGUCAAAAAGUUUGAAGAAACAUUUUUUUAUAAAAUCUGGAGAGUAAUGGGGCCAAAAUGGAAAUGCACUGCAUCUUGUUGUAUUUGCUUUUUGCGUUAAUUUUACUACCUAAUAAAAUAAAUCGCAUUGUCAAAAACAUGUUUACAAAACGUUUAACGUAAAUUAUUUUACCAAUGUUAGUUUCGUAUUAAAUUUUUACUCAAAAAUAUGUGGAAUUGAUUUUGUAGGUAGGUAAAUGAAAUUUGUGUAAUUAUUUUUAAAAGUACCCUCAUUUUUGUUCAACAAAAAGUACAAUAAAUUUAGUUUGUUUUUGAACUUCUUCGGGCAUGCACGUGUUUCUUGGCUGUAGGGCAUUAAAAUAAGUUUUAUUUAUAUUUUUUUAAUAUAAAAUUGUUUGGUUUGAUUGUUUGGUUGUUAUGUGUUGGUUUUUAAUAAAUGUUUUACGUUUUAAUCUUCAGAUGUGUGUCAACUAAGGUGAUGUGAUAUCUCUUGUCUGCUUUUGUACAUAGAAUUAAUAAAAGUGAUUAUUGUAUGUUGUACACUAUAUUAUUAUGAAUAAAAUAUUUCACAAAA